AUGAACUUUUUUCUAACACUUAUCUCUCUUUCCCUAUUCUUUACCAUCGAAUCGACAAACGAAACUUGUGGCGAUGGGAAAUUCAGAUGUAAUGAUGGAAGAUGUAUAACAAAUGAUUGGGUUUGCGAUGGAGCUCGUGACUGUUCAGAUGGAUCCGAUGAAGUUCAUGAAGCGUGUGACAGACAUUUGAAUAAAAACUCUUCAUGUUUCGGAAAUCAACCAGAAUGCCGCAAGCACGGACUGGCAAGAUGCAUACCGCACGAGUGGCUCUGUGAUGGUCAUCCGGAUUGCGAUGCUGGAGAAGACGAGUUCAAUUGCACUUCCAUAGACUGGUUCCGUCAUCCGGAGUCGUUAAUGAGAAAGUAUCAAAGUCAGCUGUCAGAUAAAUCGACCACACAGUAUUUGACUUAUUGCUUGUCGGAUGAAUUCAGAUGUGAAUCUUCCGGUAAUUGUUUGAAGAAAGAACAAGUAUGUGAUGGGAAGUUGGAUUGUGGCGGAGGCGAAGAUGAGAAAAAUUGUAAUAGGAAUACCACAAUGCCAAUGAAUAAAAACGUUUCUACCACAUCGAAAAUGAGAGACUCUACUACAAAGGUUGCAACAAGCACGACGUCUACAUCAACUACUACGCCAACAAAAACUAGUGUCACCCUGAACAGAUUGCUGGCAUUAUCUACUACAGCAUCUUCACCAAAAAUCUCCAAUGGUACAACUUCUACCAUAAGACCGACAACAACCACAAAGCCGAACACACCUCUUGCACCCAUAAUCCACAUUCAACCAACACUACCCACUUCUUCAUACGUCCUCUCAAAAACUGUUACAUCUCCUCAAUCAUCGUCUCCUACCACCACCCAGAAAGUAGUUGCCCGCACAUUUGCAUCACAACUACACACGACACAACCGCCGAAAAUUGUCGUAAAAUUAUUAAACGACAGUUGGUCGAAUUCGACGGUUGAUAAAAAGUUGAAGGAAGAAACACUAACGACUCGUGUUUCUGUUUCGGAAAUGAGCAGAUUCGGUAGGAAAGGAAAAAUUGGGGAGCCGGUGAGGUUUGUGAAAGGAAUUCCGAUUGAACCAGUUAAUUAUCAUAAUUCUACCAAGGAUUUUGAAUGA